CGUGUGUUUGAACCCAUUAACCGGUAAAUAAGGCGAAGCACGUGAACCAAUCGAAAUUUGUCGCAUUAGCCAAACACUCCAACUGUUACAGAAAUAGGUCAGAUCCAUAAACAUAACCGCUUGUGCAACUCCAGAUCUGUGAACAAAUUCGAUCAAUUCUCUCAAUUCAACGAUGUUUUUGUUCGAUUGGUUCUACGGCAUCCUUGCGUCACUCGGUUUAUGGCAGAAGGAAGCGAAGAUCUUGUUCCUUGGCCUCGAUAACGCCGGUAAAACGACGUUGCUUCAUAUGUUGAAAGAUGAGAGAUUAGUUCAACAUCAACCGACGCAACAUCCGACGUCGGAAGAAUUGAGUAUAGGGAAGAUUAAGUUCAAAGCGUUUGAUUUAGGAGGUCAUCAGAUUGCUCGUAGAGUCUGGAAGGAUUAUUACGCCAAGGUGGAUGCCGUAGUGUAUCUAGUAGAUGCAUAUGAUAAAGAACGGUUUGCCGAAUCAAAAAAGGAACUAGAUGCACUUCUUUCUGACGAGAAUCUGUCUGCAGUCCCCUUUCUGAUUUUAGGAAACAAGAUUGAUAUACCAUAUGCAGCCUCAGAAGACGAGCUGCGUUACCACCUUGGACUGACAGGUGUGACGACUGGCAAAGGGAAGGUAAAUCUUCAAGAUUCAAGUGUCCGCCCCUUGGAGGUAUUUAUGUGCAGCAUUGUGCGCAAAAUGGGUUACGGUGAUGGUUUCAAAUGGGUCUCUCAAUACAUCAAAUAGCGGGCGCCUGAGCAAAUCAAGUAUCUUAUCUGGGAAAUAAAAAAGGUAAGGAAGAAUAUGGUGAUUUCCCCAAUUUGAUUUUGUAUUCAUUCUGUAAGAGUGGGAUUUUGUUUGUUUGUGUUGGCAUGUAAAAUUCUGUUAGACCAAAUUGCUAGUUGUUUUGUUUGAAAUUGUUUACUUGUUUUGAUUUGAUGCAUUUGCUGUUUUUGUAGAUGGUGAGAAAUAUGUUGCUGAGUCUGAGAACAGCAAUUUCUGAACUUUAUGUAUGUGGCUGAUUUCUUGGAAACUUAUUGUUGAUCAUCUUGAUUUAAGAGGAUACUAAGUAAGAGUCAUGGUUUAAGAAGAGCUUGUUUUCAGUAGUUUUAAUUUUGUGUUAUUGGAAAGGCUGUCUGGUUGCAAGAUCUUAGAUUGUGGACACGAAAAACAAACAACUUUGUUUGUUCUACGUGUGAGGUUGCUAUGAUGUCUCUUUUAACUUUAAUCAAUCAAAUUUAGCA